AUGAAUACCACAACUGGCUUUGUUAAUCUAAUGUAUAGUCAAUCUUCAGUUGAUCUUGAGUCACCCGAACCAGCUUGGUUCGGGUCCCAAGGUCCUGAUGAGUUUGUUUUCCACCCUGGUGUCGAGUCUUUUUUCCAACCUGGUGUCCAGUCUGCUGUGCAGCCUACUGUCGAGUCUGCUAACAAAGAGAGGAGGAAAUGGUCUCCUAAUGAGGAUAAAAUCCUCAUUGGUGCUUGGCGCACCAGCAAAGACCCCGUUGUCAGCUGUGACCAGAAAGCUGAACGUUUCUGGAAGAAAAUUGUUGACUACUACAACGCAAGCCCUCAACUGGUUGGGACAGUACCUAGAGAGCUUGGUCCAGCGAAGCAGCGGUGGGCUAGGAUUAACGAGCAGGUCUGUAAGUUCGUUGGAUGCUAUGAGGCGGCGUUGAGGGGGCAGAGAAGUGGUCAGAAUGAAGACGAUGUGAUGAAAGCUGCCCUCGACUCAUUCUUCAACAUUUACAAGCACAAGUUCAGCCUCGAACAUGCAUGGAGGGAGCUGAGGCAUGACCAGAAAUGGUGCACCACCUAUAUGGUUAAAUAUGGUGGGAAGGAGAAGCGCAAACAAGUGGUGGACAUUGAUACAGAAGAUGAUGUUGCCGAACCUGAAAGCAGACCAGUUGGUGUGAAAGCUGCUAGCAGCUGGUAA